GGCGUCACAAGGAGUCUCAUGAUCUUCAACAUACCAGAUUAGAGAGUUUUUACAUGCUGUGGUUGAGAAGCUGACCUGGAGAACAGCCUGUGGAGAUCAACUAUGUCCUCACACCAGGCAGAUUUAAACGAGUCUGUCAUCAUUCAUCCUCCAGGUUUCUAUAUCAUUGGAUUUCUGAAUUUCCCCAACAUCAGUGUCUAUAUAAUCUUUCUAGGAGGCGUCUAUGUGGUUUCUGUAGUGUUCAAUAUUUCAUUGAUGUGCAUAAUUGCUUUUGACCAGAGGUUACACUCUCCAAAAUUUCUGGCUGUCGCCAACCUUGCAGUGAUCGACGUAAUCUUGAACACGAGCACGAUUCCUGGCAUGAUCAAGACUUUCCUCCUGAAGGACAACUUUGUUCCAUUCAACCUGUGUCUAGCACAAAUGUUUUUCCACUUUUUUGCACUAGCGAUGGAAUCUUGUGCACUUGGCAUACUGGCCUACGACCGGUUGAUUGCGAUAUGUUUUCCUCUGCGUCAGUGUGUUUUCAACACGCUGCCGAUCAUGUUUGGUAUUGUCAGUGUGAUUUGGGGUUAUCAUCUGGGAUUGCUCGCGUACAGCACGAUAAUCAUGACUCGACUGUCUUUUUGCAAUUCGGUCAGAGUGUUCAGUUAUUUUUGUGACUAUGCACCCGUGUUCAGACUGGCAUGUAAUGAUUACACCUUACAGUGGAAGAUGGCUUCACUUUCUAUUUUAAUCCUAAUGGGCCCCCUUACUUUUAUUCUUUUAUCCUAUCUCAGCAUCCUUGUGACCGUGUUCAGGAUGAAAUCAGUCGGCAGUCGGAUGAAAGCUCUCACCACUUGCAUUGAACACUUGAUUCUUGUCGCUUUGUUUUAUAUCCCUAUAAUGAGCAUUUUCUUUCUAGGACUGUUUAUAAAAAGCAUUGAUCCAGACCAGCGUGUGCUGAGUCUGUCUCUGGCCUCUUGCCUCCCCCCCUGCAUUAAUCCCAUUGUAUAUUCCUUGAAAACAAAGGAGAUCAGAAACAGAGCCCUGGCACUCGUCGGGAAAAACCCAAACCCUUGACAACUUCUGGUCCUUUGGUGUUUUUGUUGUUGCCAAUGUUAUUAUUAUUCUGCCUCUGUUUUCCCAUCUAACUGCUGAACAACCAGGCUUUCUGAGCAGUGAAAGUCACUUCUGAAACUUUUCAUGGGUGUGUCUUUGUGUUUUUAGUCACACUUCAGUCUUGGCAUAAAACAAAUCACGGUGCACCGUGCCCUUUGCCCUAUGUCAUAUCGGAUUGGCUUCAACUCGCCACGAUUAUGAAGUGGUAGAAAUUAAAAGGAUAGAUGACUGUGUAUAAAGCAUAUACUUGGACGUAUAUGAAUGUAAUUGGAUACUUGUACAUUUGACGGGUGGAUGGUUGUGUAUCCCUCCCUGAAAUAAAACAUGACAACAAUGA